AUGAAGACCCCGCUGUGGACGUUGCUGCUCUUGUGUCUGUGUCUGUGUGUUCCAGUACGUGGGGACUGUCAGAGGGACUGUUUGUCCUGCAGCCAAGUCCUGUCGAAAGACCAAGCCUUCAACACACUGGUCUGUCUAGUGGAAUGUCAGGCCAAGGUUUCACAAGGCCUUACGUGGGAGCUGUGUCGCAAAGCCAUGGAGCAGUCGCAGUUGGCCUCCCUGUCAGUAGGUGACACUAUGUUAAAAAGAGCUGAGGAAGAGGUGGAAGCUCUUCUGCCCCUGGAUCAGGCAGAUGAAGGGCUGUUGCCCUCAGGAGCUCUGCAGCGGUUUGACCAUGUGGCACGAGCCUUGGACCUGGACGAGCUUGGAAGAGAGAACCCAACCAACCAGCUCAAUGCCCCACACAAUUCACAGCAGCCCCAGUCAGUGACGGAUGAUGAGGAUGAGCAGGAAGGCCGUAGCGAGAUGGAGAGCGAACAGGAAGAGGCAGCAAUUAACCUGACCAAACGCUUUGGAGGGUUCCUCAAAGGCAAGUAUGGUUACAGGAAGUUCAUGGAUCCUGGCAGGUCCUUGCAGAAGCGUUACGGCGGCUUCAUAGGGGUACGCAAAUCUGCCCGAAAGUGGAACAACCAGAAACGCUUCAGCGAGUUUUUGAAGCAGUAUCUGGGGAUGACCACCCGUGCCAGCGAGUUUAACAGUGUGUCUGCUGACAUUACCCAGCAAAAUGAAGUGUAA